UAAGCAAGAAUAAAUCCAUCCCCACACUCCUCCAUCUACUUUAUGGUACUCUUCCUUUCUCCUAAUUUAUGUACCAUUUGAGUGCUCAUUUUUGUUUAUAUAGAACCAACACCACUUUCGUCAUUAAAUUAAACACAAGCAAAUCAACAUGGAGAAUGCAACCCAUGUCAACCAAUUCUCGUCUUCCAUCUCCUCUAUCACCCUCGAAUCCUCGACAUUGUCCACCUCGAAUUCCGCUCCGACUAACGAAUUUACGACAUGUGGCUCCAAGGAAUGCAAGUCUCAAAAUAGCUCAAAUAGAGCUAGAAAGGGAAACAAUGGCAAUGAAGGGAAAAAAUUGAGUAAAAAAACGGAUGGUAGUGGCUCUGAUGACACUGAAGAGCACCCCACGUAUCGCGGUGUAAGAAAAAGAAGUUGGGGCAAAUGGGUGUCAGAAAUCCGCGAGCCAAGAAAAAAAUCAAGAAUUUGGCUUGGUACAUUUCCAACGGCUGAAAUGGCGGCUCGAGCCCAUGAUGUAGCGGCUAUAGCCAUAAAAGGCUCAUCGGCUUAUCUCAAUUUUCCUAAAUUAGCCCAUCUACUUCCUCAACCAGCUUCAAGAUCCCCUAAAGACAUUCAAGAAGCUGCCAUGAAGGCUGCAAUCAUGACAUAUGACGAAACUGGUCAAACCGAGCUAGAUAGCCAAGCCAUGUUUUCUCAUUCUAACUCAUCAACCACUUUAUUAUCACAAGACACCCAAGAUGGAGCCGAGCCAGGAGUUAGCCAAGAAACAAUUGGUUACGACGACGACGACACAUUUUUCAACUUGCCUGAUCUUUCCCUUCACCACACUGAGCUAAGUGAUGGCUUCUUUACGGCUUCAUCGUGGCAGCUGGUGGCUGGUAUUGAUGCCGGCUUUCGGCUCGGAGCCGAUGAACCGUUUUUUUGGGAGAUAUACUAGGUAGUUAAUUUCUUACAUAAAUAUAUAAUAUAAUUGUAUAAAUACAUAAAUAAGUUUAUGUGAAAUUUUUCAAGUUGUACACAAAGUCACAAAACUUUUGUAUUUAUUUAUUAAACAAACAAUAAAUUUUUCUGGUUUAU